GUUUGCAGCAGUUCGGGCUUCGGAGAGCGAGACAGGAAGAGAAUUUCAUAAGUGCACGAGAUGAUGCCGUUGGAGGAUAGAAGCACAGAAGUUGAACCAGAUGCUCAUAUCAAAGCAUCUUCAAGCAAUGAAGACGAUCCAGAAAACGAAGAAAUUGCCGGCGGUUAGUAUACAAUUUAUUGUAGGUUUGUAGCUGACGUUUGGGGUAAACUUUGAUACAUUUUGGUCCAGGCAGAACAAAUAUAAAGGCUCGACUGUAACCUGCGAUAAAAAAUAUAUAUAUAUAAAAUGAUAAAGAAUUAUGUAGACCUAAGCAGUAACUAGCAGUGAUCAGAGAUUUGUAAGUGCGUUCAAAUGUUUGAAUUACCAAUGAAAAUUGCUUUGUGCAGACCACGUCACCAAAGUGGAGAAGGUUGUUUAAUUUAGUGAAUAAUGUGGAUGACUUUAAUCAUGUAAGUUUGACAGAGCUAUGUUCUGUUUCUUUAUUAAGACCGAAGUAUCAUACAGUUUCUCCAGAGUAUGGAACGCCAAGUGUAACAAAAGUGCUCAAAAAUUAAAUAAGCUUAUAGGUUGUAUCAUCGAGUAUGUGAUGUACUCAGGGUUGUCAGAAAGUUUUGAAGUAGAGGGUCAAAGUAAGCGGCCAGUCCAGGGAUAUUUUAUUUAAAAAACGCCAUCCGUAAAGAAAUGCUAAUCAGAGUAGCUGGCCAAUUCUAACCAAGUACAUGUAGGCGGCGAUUUUCACCUACAGCCGGCUUCUUUUGACAACCCUAUGUAGGGUUGCAAAUUGCAUGUGUUUACAUGUAGUUUACUGUGAGGUAAAAUACAGGUUGGAAAUUUGGCCAUAUAUGUCUCUUGAAACUCAGUAUGUUGUUACAACCUGAAAUACAGUCAACUCCCUUUAUUACGGACACCGUAGGGACCUCGAGGUACAGCUGUAGUGUCCUCAUUAGUGAGAGUCCUUAAUAGCAGGAGUUUGUUUCAGUCAAAUGUCUGUAAUUUGUUUUCGCCGGGGAUUUUAAUAGCUGCUGUCCAUUUUAUUGAGGUGUCCGUUAUAGCACGGUGUCCGGAAGGCAAGAGUUGGCAGUAAAUAGGUUUUAAUUGGGUUGUUCCAGAAAAAAUCCACACCCCCCCGACGGAUGGGAUUCUGGAAAUUCUCGCGGGAGGGGGGGUCGAAGACUCCGGAAAUCCAGGCGGGAGGGGGGGUUGACCUUAAAAAAGUCUUCUGCAGGGGUCAUUUCGACCGAUAGUUGAUACAAAUCAAACGUUUAGUUCGAUGACACUUAAGCGCUUUCAGACCCUGAAAAUAGUCAAAAUGUUUUGUUCAUAUAUUUCUCACCUGACAUAAAUGAUAAUCUAAGUUGCUUUACAGGUCCUUUUAUAGCAGAAAACGCAAACAAGAUACUAAAGAACGGGCCUGAAGGAACUCGUCGCAACGUUGUUGUCACGAAGAGCGUCAAACGCCUGACACAUUUCUACUGCACCCAGAGCCCAUGCAAGAGCGAAGAGUGAUUUUUAUAAGCUAAGAAAUUAUGUAAACACUGUUCAGGUGUCGUUAGCAUUUUUGUUUUUUGCUCCUUUCGUUUUUAGUUCCACGCGAUAGAAUUCUAAGUUUAAUAUAAGCUGAAGCUUUAGAAAUUAAAACAAAAACAUUUAGACGUGUUUGCGUGUAUUUUCCAUUAAAAAUAAAUUAAAUUUAAGCCUUUUAUUUUUUCCCGGAAAUCCAGACGGGAGGGGGGGCCUUCCACCUUGGAAAUCCAGUUGGGAGGGGGGGUCUUGUGCUUCAGGAAAUCCAGGUGAGAGGGGGGGGUUAAAAAAGGACCCCAUCCGUCGGGGGGGUGUGGAUUUUUUCUGGAAUAACCCAUUAUCGAUUCAUUCACUUAUCCAAAAAUCUUCGGAACGAGGUUGACAUGCGUGUCACAAAACUGUUCCACAUGAAAACAACGUUUUUUAGUGCCAUUAAUGCAAAGUACAAGUUUUCUGAUAUCGAAAUCAGUUUGCUGGGGUUGUCAGACCUACAUGUCUUCUAGUUUCACCUCAGUUUAACGUGCCGUUUGCUAUAAUAUUAUUGUUUUCUUUCUAGUGGGUAGAAUAUGCUGUUGAGGACUCCUAACUUAGCAAAUGGUCAGUUUUGCUGCUUGACUUGCUUGCCACAUUGAGAGGUCAAAUGAACUGAGAAGUGUUGAAGCUUGUCUGUUCCCUGGUUUGCUUCAUUCAUAUUGUUUUCGUGCAGUUUUUGUUUCUGACAGAAUUUGGCUACUGAAACAGUUAUCAUUUUCUUUGACCUGUCUUCCAUGAAGUGUCAAGCUUUUUUACAUUGCGGCUAAAAAACUUUUUAGUGAAGCUUUUUCUUCUCAGACAAUGAGUAACUAAAUGGAGUUAUUUUAGGAUAAUUAACAAAUUGAUAAUUACAACCUCUAUAUUUCAGGCUGUAAUAACAUAUCGAGUUUCAUGCGACGUACAGGUUGCAUAGAUGGCCUAAAUUCCAAGAUGUAUUUACCACACUGUAAGCUAUGUACAGCUGUAUCCAUAUAAAAAUUAUAUGGAGUUUUUCAACCCAUUAAAAACACAGUACAGCGGGAGCGCAUACUCUAAGAUACAAACUAAUUUAUUUUAUUUUUGAACUUUUUUGUCCCUCUUGGUAUUCCAUACCAGUGCUUAUGUAGCUGCUCUACUAAUCAAUAUUAACCCGAGUGAAAUAUAAGAUCAAACGUAGCAUAAAACAAUGAAGUUAGCAUGGGGAUUUGAGCUAAUUAGAAAAAAUAAAUAUAUGAAAAAUAUGUGAUUGUUUAUUCAAGAAGAUUCACUAUUCUGGUUGGCUUUAAUCCCCUGGCUUUCAUUAUUCCCAUAUUCUUAGAAAUGCAAGGUUGUGUAAGAUGUCAAUAUUAAAUCAUAGUAAUAUUGUUGUCAUGAGCUGUAUUAGCUUUAAUUUUAGCUGCUUGCAAAAAAAAUUGUUGUUGUUGUUGUUGUUGUCAAAGAACUUCCCUUUUUCUCUUUUCAGAUAAAAGCAAUUUGCUUAUUAAAAAUCAGAAGAACAUCAGAAACCUCAUUGGCUUUUGGUAUGAAUAUAACUAACAACAUUUUUUUUGCUUAUCAUGGAGAUCCUGCCUACAAAAUUUUAAAUCAGUUUGAUUGGGCUGUGCUAAUAAAACUGAAAAAUGAUUAAUACAUGUACAUCAGAACGGGAGAGCUAGGUACAGGUAGCAGUGAAUUUUUAACUCUAUGCCUCAUGUGAUGCAAUAGUACAUGUACAGGUGUAUGGCUUACGGGAGGCAUCCAUGAUGUCUACACAGCUUGAUCACAUGUACGUGUAAUUUGAAGUGGAUGGCAGUUAAAAGGGAAUCUAGGAAGUUUUUUCUUAGUUGACGUACUCUUUAUUUCCUUCUUAUAUGUAUUUAUUAUUAUUAUUAUUAUCAUCGUUAUCAUCAUUCAUUUUUGUGGAGGAAAAAGGGAAGAGUGAUGCACAAAGUUAGUACAGUGGGUUACCUCAAUAUAUUGUAACAAAGGGCCAAGGAAUUGGCAAAAUGUGUUCGUGAUAACAAGGUUCUGUUAUAUCGAGGUUCUUUUAAAUGGUUUAAAAGGUUUAAAGGCUUGUUUAUAGUGGAAAGUGCACUUAGCUUAUCCAGCUACACUGCAGUUUACAGGCAUCCCACUCAAAUACUUAGAAGCAAAUAAUUCAAAUACCAACAUAACAGGAUUAAAAACUGGCAGGAGGAAACCAGUUGGCUAUUUACAAGCAUGGCCGAGGAUUUCAACUUGGUACAACCGAGAAGAAACCCAGUAAGUGGCUGGAGCAGGACGUGAACUCGGGACCACUGGAUUGCGAGCGCGAUGCACUGACCAUUCAUCUUCACUGCUUACUUAUUUUACUAUCACUAUCACUAUCACUAUUGUUUGUCAUACUGAGGUUUUCACUACAUGAAAUCCCUUUUGCACUCCCCUCCCCUGCUGGACACACUUCAAAUUUGUACGCGCAUGUACAUGUAUCUACAGCAAUAAUGGUUGACUUUUAGAAGGAUGUAAGAAUCCUGAUCUUAAUUACCUGGCAAUGUUUUGAUUCACAACAACAAUAUUGAGAAUGUCAUGUCAUCAUAUUGCAGUAUUGUUGCAACAUUACUUUAUUGAAGUUGCCACAUUGUUCCAACAUUGAUGUCCUAAAAAUUGUCAUUGCAAAUCUUUGUGUGUAACAUUACCUUUAGUGGAAUGAAAUUUAAAUACAUGUCACUCCUUUUGUUUGAGAUUGUAUUUUAUUUUUAACUGGUAUUAAUUUCUUGAGGUUCCAAUAUUUUUCUAGGUUGCUGGGUUUGUGCAACAACUUUGGCUAUGUUGUCAUGUUAAGUGCAGCUCAUGACAUUCUUGCCGUCAAUGGCACCGAUCAGGUACUGCGAAAUAAUUUGUUAAAGGUUCUGUGGUCACUUUUGUAACGGCUUGUAAAAGAUACAUUACCAUGGUGGCAAAAUUUCAGGAUCUCAACGAUCCUUCUUGACGGCGAUGGCUAUUUGCAUUGUCAAACAAUGGAAGAAAAGUAUGGGCUACUGUUUUGUUCCCAAGUGCAAUCAUGCAUCAGAAAGUCAUACUGUACAUGUCAGUUUUUUUGUUUUUGCUGCCAUAUUUGUAGGACCAUGGAUUGUUGAGAUCCAGAAAUUUUGCUACCAUGACAACAUGAUGUAACAAUUUCUCCUUUCUACAGGGUUUGCAUGCACUUUGAAAGUCCUUGAAAAUUGCAGUUGGUGUUGGAUUAAAGUCCUUGAAUUUCAGUGCUUUCUUUGUCCAACCCAUAUUCUCAAGUGCCUAAAAGGAGCAAAUUACACAGAAAGACCUUCAGGAUAAAACUGCUCAUGUUGUGGAAGAACUAAAAAACAUUUGAAUGGAGUCAUUGAAAGUCCUUGAAAAGUGCUUGAAUUUUUUUGUUCAAAAAAGGGUACGAAACCUGUUUCUGAUAUUACAAAAAUAGAAUAGAGUUUAACAGAUUAUCUACUCUGGAUGUAAGCAAGAUCUUUCCCCUAUGUUAGUCAUGUAGAUUUUCUAUUUACACUGGAUGUUAAUAAUUAAAAGUAUUUGGUGUUGCUUAACCCCCAUAUACACAUACACAUAAUAGCCAAUUUUGCCUUCAGUUAACCAAAAUUAAAGCAACAGGGGGGCUCAUUUCAAAUUACACUGUAUUAAUAAAAUUGAAUGCAAUUUACCAUUUCAGGCAGCUGCCACCAACUCAAGCACGUCAGAGUUGUCUCAAUCCUCAAAUGUCUCCGAUGGAUUAGAGUGCAAUCCUCUGUCAACUGGGGUAUGUAUUAUUUAGAUUCCCGUAAGUUCAUGUACAAGCCUGCUGUACUCACAAAUGAACCACCUUUGAUCCCUGAUUGACUUUUCAAGAUUUUUUUAUAAUCUUUGGAUGAAAUCCAUGAUGGUUUAACCAUUCAAAUGAAUCUAUCUUAAGAUUUCACAAAAGGGAAUUAAUUUUCCCAAGCAGGCAAUAUACUGUAGGCCCACUUGUAUAGCCAAUCAGAAUACAGGAUUCACUCUGUCUUGCAUUGCUCCUUUGCAGCCAAAAAACAAAAUAACAAAAUUAUAAUAAUUAUAAUAUAAUGCUACUGCCUUUUGACAAUAAAGUGCAUCACAACAUUUAAAUGUGGGGUAAUUAACCUUCAUUUUCCUUUGCAGACUGUUUUGUUGGCAGACAUUUUACCAACUCUUAUCAUAAAGAUAACAGCUCCUUUCUACAUGCAAAAAAUUAAGUACAGGUAUACUUAAUUUUUGUUGUUAUACCUUAACUAUUUACACCGUUUUACUAGUCUUUGAUGACACUAUUAUAGGGUUUAUCCUUCUUAUAAAAUCUUCUUUUAAAAUUUAUUUGCAGUAUACGAAUAGCAAUCUGCGUGCUCUUUGCCUUCGCAAGUUUUUUUGUUGUGGCAUUUUCACAUGUCCUUUGGUUUAGUCUCUUGGGUAAGAAUUCUGCUCCAUCUAUAUGCAGUUCAUAGUGUAGUUAAGGGUUUUACGUGAAGUUUCCAUUAUGUCUUGCCUCUGAUAUUAAACCUACAGUUAAAUCGUUUGUUUUGCGUUUCCAGGUACUUUAGGAAUUUCUGGGUGGGGAUGUACCGUUGGGAUCCUGGAACCCUUAACCUAUACUAGAGCUAGUUCAGCUGAAUUUUGCUACCCUAUACUAGAGUAAACUCCCCAAAUCUCUCCUAUCCUAGAGUAGCUGUUUUCCAGAAACUACUAAGGUCACUAACACAGUCUAGCCAAAACAAAAGCUUAUACCACAAUCCCUAGUCUAGAUAAAAUCUUCAACGAACUGAGUGAUCAGUUUCCUAAAAAAUGAUACCCUAUAGCUAUUCUAGACCCAAACGCUCUGAUUUAUAUACCCUAUCCUAGAGUAAACUGCUUGAAAACCAUACCCUUCACAGCAGCACAGCAUACCUAUAUAGCCCAUAUAUGGCAGUACCCCCCCCCCCCCUACGGGAAGCAAGCGCGAGUCAUGCAGGGGCCAGAAGAGGCGCGAGAGUCACGGUUUUUGUUUUCUUUUGUUCUUUUUUAUUAUUAGUCACGCCACUCUUGUCGCGCGUGACUCUCCCUCGCUUUUUUAUUAUUAGUCACGCCACUCUUGUCGCGCGUGACUCUCCCUCGCUACUCCUCUGAAAUACAAAAUAUAACGCCCGCUCUGCAGGCUUCACAUCUGUUUAGUUUUAGCUUACUGCUGAUGUCAAAUGACAUCAUGUUAGGCAAUUAUAGGGCAAGAAAUUGCCAUUGAGCCACAGCCGAGUUUUUCCCUGAAUGAUGUUCAUAUCGCAUUUGACGUCCUCAAUGCACCUAACUAAAGAGGCACGCCAACUGCAAAAUGGAUUAUGUUGGUUUAAAUCAUUACAAUGAAUUAAAAGUAGACUAAACUUGGUGAUUUUCGAGAAGUCGUUUCCUCGCUUUUCAGUAUUUUGGUGUUGAACAAAGCAACACGAAACAACUGUGACUGUAAAACUUUUUCUUACGUGGAACACUAUGAUCACGUUGAUGAUGACGACAAAGAGGACGACAAAGGCGACGGCGGGAGCCUUUGAAUAAUAGGCUGAUUUCCCAACAGGACGGGAACGUAAGUUGGCGACGGGAAAGCGCGCGGAAAGGACUAAACACGACUUCCGGUGCCCAAUUUGCCGUUUUGCGCGCGCCGUCGUCAAUUGACGUUCCCGUUCUGUUGCUAAAUCAGCCUAAUAUAAGCCAUAGGGAUUUAUUUUCGUAAAUUUACCUGAUUUUUGGUAUUUCAUGUAUGUGACCUGCAUUGUCCUUACUGUUACAUUGAUGCAUUAAUUUGAUCAUGAUUUUCUUGUUUAGGUGUUGUAUUUGCCAGCAUUAGCUCAGGAUUUGGUGAAAUAACGUUACUUAGUUAUUCAGCUUAUUUCGACAAGUAAGUCAUCCAGUCACGGUUUAGCCUACCCCACUUAAUUUAGUUUUGACUGUAUUUUCUGUAAAACAAACCUGUUUAACGCUGAUGCAUCUGUGAGGCGCACACUAGCCGGAGUCCCGUGGGUGUCAAACAAUUCAUACAUUGGCUGCUUUUACCAUUGCACUAAGAGCCCAAUGAAUCACCUUUUUAUCGUUAGGCUUUGAGACCAAAUCUUGGGGGCUGUCGACCUAUUCACUUUUUCCCGGUGAAAGUCCACGGAACGUUUAAGUCAGACCCACCAACCCCCCCGCCCCACCCUCUCUUUAACGUCCACUUGAAAUUUUGCUGCCCCAGAAGAAGGAAAACUGACAUACACUUACAUGAAGAUGUCAACGACCGGUAUCAUCAUAAUUUACUGCCUAUGAAACGUGGUACAAACUUUAUACUUCGAAUAAUGCUCUCCCUAUCUGUUCUCCUGCAAAAUCUGCAUCUCUGCUUUUUCCUGUUGAUCCUUUUGAUUUCCUGCUACUCUAGAGUAUUUAGAGGUCAAGGCCAGAAUCGCCGGUACAUGGUCCCCAUAUUUUUAAACCGGCAUAUUAAACCAAUAUCAGCAAACUAACCACAAUUUUUAGUAUUGUAAAAAUUUGUUGGUGAUUUAGGAUAGAGUUUAAAAAAACACAAAGUAAAAUGUAGAAUUUACUUGUAGUUAAGAGCAGAGUUUUUAGAAAAAGAUCACAAUUUACACGCCCUUUUUUUAACUGGUCCUGCAUGUUUUCUCUUACAUAAAUGUCACGAGCGCCGUUCCACAGUUGACGUAAAAUUUAUGAAAAUGAAUCAGUUUGCUUUUGUCUAAAAAAGGCUUUGCACUAACGUCCACUGCCUUACCCCCCCCCCAAACGUGCAGUUGACGUUAAGUGGGGAUAGAAGUGAAUAUGUCGACGGCCCCUUAUAGUUUAUUAUAAGUAUGAUUCAUUAGCUAAGCAACUUAGUUGAUUACGACUCACAAGUGACUUUCUGUUUCUUGCUUUUAGGGAUGUAGUUUCCACGUGGUCCUCGGGAACAGGUAGGAGUGGUCGCCGAGUUGUGAAAGUUGUCACAGGAGGACGAAACGCACCGUUAGCUACCCUACGAACAUGUUCCACUUGUUUGGGUUAUAACGCGAUUAUCUUAGCGGCGAAGCUGCCGGCGAAGAGAAUGGUUCGCUGCUCAGUCUUUUCCCGCCCUUUCGGCUCUGCCGCUAAUAUGCUUGCGUGAUACCCCAAAUAAGUGUAGUGUGCUCGCAGGCUAACGCACUGUGGGCGUGGGAGACCUGUUUACUGCUGUACAUGUACUUACGUGUACAUGUACAUUUAAGUUUGGACGGACGAAAGCGGAGAUUUUCGAAUACGAUGAUGUCAUACAUCACAUACUACAAGCAUUACGCAUGCUCCAUGCAAGGGAUGUUACAAGCAGUACCCAUGCUCCUACGCGCGGAAGGGAUUUUACGGAUACGAGUGGAUGACGCCUAACCACUAUUCUGUUGUACAUGCAGGAGCUGCUGGUGUGUUCGGUGCAUUGGCUUAUGCUGGCUUCACAUCAGCCGGAGUAUCUCCAAGAAAUACCGUGUUAAUAAUGAAUGUUAUACCAUUCACCUUAGGAAUUAGGUGAGUUUGUGGUCUUCUUCGCGUGUAGGCAAAGGUCGCAUUAGAGAUUUUUAGAUUCGAGGACAGGAACGACUACGAGUAGGAGAUUUGACUGAAAGUGUUUUCCCAUAUUUUGAAAAAAAUAGACUCCCCAGAAAGCUUCGUCAGUUGUUGUUGUUGUUGUUGUUGUUGUUGUUUUUGUCACCAGAAACGUUAGCACUGUUAUCUUUAUUUGAAUUAUCCCGGUCGCAAAAGGACAAAAUCUCUAACAUUUUAUCACUUGUUUUUCUUGAAAAAACUCGUAGCAGAUUGUUAACAACUAUCACGUUUUACCACCAAAAUGACGCCGGUUCACGCGCACACACUACUUAGUAUUGAGAAAAUCUCGUUCUCGAAGUCGUCCUCGUCUUAGAAUCUGAAGGUCUCCAUUAUCUCCCUAGGCGCCGUACAACCUGUUUAUGCCAUUUCAGCCUCUCUUGUUCAAGGGGUGUAGAUAGCAUUACGAUUAUUUUCUUUAUUAUUACAGCCAUCAAAAACAGCUUCAUAGCUCGAAGAGCAGGCUCAUAUAGUGCUAGAAAGUAUAACAAUAAUUAAUAAUAAUAAUGAAUGAUGAUGUGAACUGCGGAAAUGCAAAUUUUAAAUUAUGAAGAUAUUAUCGUCGCAAUUGCAAAUUAACCCGAAAAAAAAAUUGGCACUUCAACGGGAUUCGAACCCAUGGCCUCUGCGUUAGUGCUGCAGUGUCCUAACCAAGACCCAUACAUUGGGGGCAGGCCAAUUUGUUAUUAGAGAGUUUUAGAUCCGAGUUUACCGCGAACCUCUAACCACUGGAGGUCACGUGACAAGUCUUUCGCGUCACGUUUGAGGUUUACGACGUGCGUUUUCAACGCGGGAAGAUAGGUUUUCACGUAUGUCAUUUACCUGAAAGCUUUUAGCGUAUAAUUCUUGUUUUAUCCCACUUAAUGAUACAAAAAUCUUGUGGAGCAAGUCUUUAUCUAUUAACAGAGGCACAAAUUCGGGGAAAAUGCUAAAUUUGAUAAAUCCUAUUGGAUCUUGAAAACAAGUGCCAUUCAUGGCUGCUGAUUCAAAAUGGCGGCCGUAAAAUAUGCAGUGUUACCGUAAAUUUCUUUUAUUUUCACUGAUUGAUUUUUCUUCUAUUUCUAAAUGGAAAAAUAAACCAGAAUCCACUUCUUUAAUCCACCGCCAAUCUAAAUCGAAUUAUGUUUGAACGUCGAACCGCGAACGGGUAACCGCAAACCGCGGUUAGAGGUUCGCGGUAAACUCGGAACUAAAACUCUGUAAUAACUCGUGAAAGGAUUGAAACAAAAAAUGAUGACGAGAACUGCGGAAAUACAAAUUAAAAAUAAUGAAGAUAUGAUCGCCGUAGUGGUAAUUGCAAUUUAAGCAACUGCAAAUGAACCGGAAAAAUGUUUUUAAUAAUGAUAAUAAAAGGAAAAGAAAAAUAAAAAAAAGUGUUAUUGUAACAACAACUUUUCAUACCUUUGAUGCAUUUGUUUGCCGUCAAUGCACAGCUGCGACGGGGGACUUCUCAGUGCGACGUUCUACUUAAACACUCGGCGUCACAUCUUUAGGUUGAUCCUUUUUUUCUCUUUCUCAGCUAGGAUGUCGUCCAGAGAAAAUUCAACCCCUGAAAAAAUUCCCUACCUUGGUCAAGUCGAGAAAUAAAGUUUGAUAGGAAAAAGAACGCGACCUGACCUCUCCUUCUUUUUCUUUCUUUCUUUUUUUCCUUUCUUUUUUGAAAAUUAGCUAUUGGUUUAUACUAGAGCAGCCUCGAAGUGUCCGAGAAGAGGAGCCUUUAUUAUCCAACGCAGGAAAUGACAGUGUAGCUGAAAAUGGUGAGAUGUGUUCUCCGAGUAUUUGAUGGAAAUUAAGAAAGUCGUAAAUGUUAACCCAAGAGUAACCAACAGCAAUUUUCUCCUCGUAAUAUCAAUACAUUAUCAAAGGAAAAGGUUAUGAGAUUUAAUAAAAUGAUCACCUAGGGAAAAUGCUUUGAUCGUUUAUCAAAUUCUCUCAACUAAUUCUUUAGGGAAAUGUAUGGAGAUCAGUGUGGAGAAUUUCUAUGCGGAUAUCGGGGGGAUAUUGCUGUUUUAGGUGCCUUUACCCUUACAUAAAAUUCCUCUGUAGAGUUUCGAAGAAGAUAAGAAGCAAAUUUCAUCAGGGAGCACUAGCCAUAAUAAUUUGUUUGGCGAUUUUUGGCGGGAUACCAUUAAAACUUGCAAAAGUUAGCCUAACCUUGCCAUGCCCAUCCUUGCCAUGCCUCGCAACAGACGGCAUGAAACAGUUUCAGUGCCUAAUUGUAGUCUUAUUUUUGGAAUUCAAUAUUGAUGCGAAGACUAGCUUUUUUAUGAAGACAGCAAAUAGCAAGACAUAACUCCUUUAAAAUAUAGUAUGAAAUAGCAAAACUGGACCGUUAUUGUUGGAAUUCAAUGGAUGGGAAAAAUAUUAUGUUACAUAGCCCUUGUAACCAAGGCGAUAACAUAAGAAAUCAUCUUCGUCAUCACAGACGGCCUUUUGGUGGUUUGAUCGGUUCAAGUGACUUGUAGUCGGUAUUCGCCUUGAGGGUGACUGUAGUUCUCUUUUUUGGACUUAUUUUAGACCUUUAGAUUCGAGGAAGAGAACGACUAUGAGUACGAGGUUUGAUUUAAAGUUUUUUCCCGUAUUGUCAAAAUAUAGACACCCUGGAAUUCUUUAUUGUUAUUUUUUUUCACCCGGAAAGUUAUAGACUGGGGCAACUUUCGCAAAAGAGAAAUUCUGUCGGCCAAUUUGAGGAAAAGUUGGUAAACACACUUUUCUAGAUGAGAAUUAUGUGCUGAACACGAAAAUUUUGAUUACCAAGGUUGGUUCGACCAUUUAGACCUUGAAAUUAGCCGUUAAGGUUAGCAUUAAUACAUUGUGACAUGAAAACGAGGCUGCAUGUUGUAUGAGGAUGCAGAGUACUCUCUAACGGUUAAAAUUCGUUCAGAUCAACAGGUGACUGAUACAACUUAUUACUUACAGUACCUCGCAGAAACCGUCUGAAAAUCACGUGAUUUUUCUGGUCACGUGACCAUUGAAAACGGGGUUAUAGACUAUUCAGAAUUUUGACAAAUUUGACGGCACAGUCAAAAGAGAAACAAAAUUACCAAUCCAGCAAUUCGCUCCAAUAGUUACAGCAGCUAUAGAAAUUUAAUUUUUCCGCUAUUUCCUAAGAUAUUUACAGUAAGUUUGCGAUCUAUAUAUUGCAGACAUCUUACUUCCAUUAUUGAAUUUCUAGAUGUUUGCAAAAUCCUUGAAAUAAUUAACAAAAACUGCAUUUUCUUAAAACUACUUUUAACUUUCACGCCCUCACCAUUCUGGAUACAUGCUGUACUUAUAACUAAGAAGGAAGGUCAUAACAUUCGAUUGAUUGCAGCCAUUUUGGAUGCGUCUGAUGUCAGCUUCUGAAACAUAUUUAAGACCUAAAUUGAUAUUGUAAACAUCAGACAUCCUACAGGACGAAAAUUAAAAAAGACCGUUAUUAGUCCAUAGACAAUUAUAAAACAAGAAUAAAAAUUUGUUAGAGAAGCUAAACGCUUUGUUCUGCUGAACUGUACCAUUUACUGUCCUUGGUUUGCAAUGACAUUACCAUCAACUUCAUUUCUGCAAUUGAGAUCCUCAGUGCUUCUGCAUUUUCAUGCUCCUGUACACGGCAGUCUAACAUUCCGGCAGCUGAACCUAUUUGUUGAACAUCCUGAUUCGCAGCUACAGGUAAUCAUCUCGGUACAGCUUUCAGGUAGAGACUAGAGUCAUUAGCUUAGGCACGAGCUUUCCAUCAUCAGAAUUAGUCCAUCCCAUGGUUUCUGGAAGUGGGAGGGUGGGGUUCGUUUUGUGAGCUUGUCUCCAUAACAUUGCUUGAAAGCGUGCGCUAGUAAUAUGCCAUCGUGCUGCAUCACUUGUUGGGGGAAGUGCCUCUGGGGAUCUGCACCAACCAAAAAACGUUGCACGUGCUUUAUCACAUCCCUCUGCAUUAGCAGCAUUGUACACUGCAAAUGAAUUUUUCUACGGACUUCACAGUCGUGUCAUCCAGGUCUCCAUCUGCAAAACUUUUCAAUAGCGUUUGGUGAUGAGGUGAUGAGCAAAUGCCUUCCAGGCAGUUUUCUUGCUAUGCUCAGCAAAGAAAGAGACCGUAUCACAGCCUGUUAGCGCAUGAAAAGGAAAGAUGGCUUCCCUGUACCCAUCAAAUGCAACAUCUAUCCGGUCAUAGUCCUUUCCACAGACAAGGGCAGCUUUCAAAAAUCUAUUUACGAGAUCGUCGAAUUUGUUACACUCUGAUGGUCUUCCUAGAGCCAUGACUAAUUCUUGACCGGCAAUUACUAUUGUCGAACGUCCUGGGACUGGUGUGGCCCGAGGAUGUUCCAUCCCACCCGAGACAGCAGCUCUAUCAUCACAGAUUGAUUUCCAGAUUGUGGCUGACCAUUGGUAUCUGCGAUAGCAAGCGAAACAGAGACUAACUCGUAACUGAAGCAAAUGUACUCUUCUACCUGCAUCGUACGCUGUAAUGAUGCGCUGGAGGAUCAUUCUGUCAGCUUCGAUAGCGGCAGACUUUUCUCUUUCUUUCUUUUCAGCCUCAUAAAGAGAAACAAAUGUCACGGCUUUACUUUUGGGAAGAGGAUCCCUAAGCUUCUUACAAUUCUCAUCUUCGUUUGGGAUCAUAAGCCUUUCUUUAACAAAAGUGUCCAGUUGUUUCUGGCCGAGGCUGUCUGCUUUCAACAGCGAUUCUCAUCUAUCUGUGUGGCUGCCACGUCCUUAGUAACCAUGUUUUUUAAUCUCUCAAGAACCGUUUCUGCUUGUUGAUUGACGUUGAAGAUGUCAGUUUGCCUGAUGCAGCAACUCGCAGCAACAAGCCACAACAACACUGCGGCACGGUCAUCUUUAGCUAUAUCUAUUGAUCGAGAUAUACUUCGUUAAAAGUAGCAAUUUCAAGGAAUGAUACUUGCUCUCAGCCACAAUUAGGUGGUCAUUCACACCCGACACACGCAAGGAAAGGUCGUGGUCACACUUUGCUCCAACAAGUAUCUGCUGACUCAUUUUAAACGGUGUCACUGAGAACAGUAUCUGCUUUUUAAACAUUGACCCGUCUUAACAAAAAAUACACAGUUCCCAUUCGAUAGAAGAGGUUUUGCUGCGGAGAGCUGAACUUGCAGCCACUUCUGGUAGUGGAUGGGUAUCCUUCGACGAAUCAAGCGAUUUCCUUAAUCUACUUAAUUAUAUCUUACCCUUAUAAGUCUACUUUGCAGAGCAGCUCUUGUGCCAGCUUAAAUCCUCAGCUUUGUUUUGCUUCGAUUGCCUCCAAUAUCGCGUCUGUUACAUCUGUAUUGUUUGUGUCUCCUAAUUUUCUUUGUUCUUCAGAGGACUCUUUCAGUAACGCAGGCCUUGCUGUAUUGCGUUAAAGAAGAUAUCUUUGUUCGUUUCCUGGCAUUUAAUGCAUUUACUGAAGGAGAGUGUAAGGGCAGAUCUCUUCCAACUUAGCCGCUUCUCCAACAUUAAAAAUCAUGUAAUCCAAGAAAACAAUCUUUCCAUGCAACUCUCCAUAAUAAAAGUAACUCGAAUGAGCAGAAUGGUUUUUGGAAUGAAACGUAGAGCCUGACUUUCGUUUUCUAGCCAGGGCCAACGCUUCAUGCAAUUAUAUGGCUUUGUUUGUUUUUUUUUUUUGGCCCAGUAAAAAGGGUUUUUAAAAACAAGUUAUCCAUCCAUGAAAAAUCACAAUGCUGGAGAAGUGACUUGCUUAAAGCUUUACUGUUAAAAAGUACUUAAAAGAUCGACUACAUAAAAUCUUUAAAUGGAGGAAAACGAAAAAUAAAAUUCAGCGGAUACCUUUCUGUUGAAACAAACAUAUGACACGCUUCACUGACUUUCGUUUCCUAGGCAAAGUCAAAGCUUCAAGCAUUAAAAUGGGUUUACUUAUUUGAUAAUCUUCGUAGCAAAAGAACAUUUUUUGCAAGUUUUCCAUCCAUGGGUAGUGAUUUGUUUUAAGCUAUACAUUGGUAAGAAGAUGGACGAUAUAAAAUCGUUGAAUGAGGGAAACGCAACGCAGGAUAAAACUUGGCGCAACCUUUUUGCUGCCAGAUCUAUUUUUGUUUUAAUGCUCGCACCAGAUGUUACUAGUCCUGAUGAAGACUUUUUGUACUAACUGAAAUAUAUUCCUUAUUAAAAAUACCCUUGGCAUAGUUCAUCCUUAAUCAAAACUGGUUUUAUUUAAAAGAACAUGUUUCCUUCAGAUAGUUAUACGACGAACACACUCGUCAACUUCUUUCACUAGCGUCUCUGAAUUUCCAAAUAACUUUUUUUCGGGCUUCAACCGUCUAUUAGUUUAUUUCAUAACAAAAAAAACUUACAGUUAGCUAAUUUGGGCGGUAAUUUGAGUCAAAUGUGGUUUUGAAAAGCGGGGAAAAUUUUAGCCUCGUUUCCAUGUCCAGAAAUAAGCUCAUUUUUUCGAGGUCAGAUUUUGUGGUUAAAAACUCAAAAUCAAGCUUGGUAAACAAAUUUUUCGUGUUCAGCACAUAAUUUUCAUCUAGAAAAAAGUAUUUACCAACUUUUCCUCGAGUUUGCCGACAGAAGUUUUAUUAGCGGCUUUUUACCAAAAGUUGUCCCAGUCUAUUAGCACUGUUAUCGUUAUUGACGGAGGUUGAACUCGUAGUCGUACUUGUCUUAGAAUCUAAAGGUCUCUACUAUUGAUGUGUUUCCAAUGUCCGGCUAGACCCUUCCACGGUACUUUCAACUUUUGAGUGGGAACAAUUAGCGAAAAUCCGUCAACGCGGCGGUAGCCUGUGCGCAGCACCCCCCCCCCCCCCCCCCCCCCCUCAGAAAAAAUCGGCUCUUCUUGCUGGGUAUACGGUACAGCGAUUUAAGACAUGUCUCUCAAAUUUUGCUUCUUCUUUUUCCUUUUUUUUUAUUCAUUUUAGAUUUAAACUUAAGUCCUAUAUUCUCUCUCAUUUGCAGAACCAGGAGACCAUCCUAGUAAUUCUUUAUCUUUGAAAACAAAACUCGGUAUAACCAAGGUAGGAUCGCAGUGCUCGUUAGCGCUUUCCGAGUCAUUUUAUCUCAGUGUCUUGAGCUACGUGCAAACGGACACAAUAACUCACAACAUUGUUGUGCCAACAAUGUCGUGAAUUGUUGCGAUCGUGUUGGCAGUGCUGUGCAAACGGAUGCAACAACUUCCAGCAGUGAUGCAUCGUGCAUCACUGCCUCGUGGGAAGAAUACAACUCAUAAGACUUGCUGUCUGCAAGGAGACCAUGUGUUAUGCGCUUGUGUGGCCCUAACAAUGUUAGAAGUGGUGUGCAAACGGAUCCAACAUUGUUGCGCUACGCUUCGGCGAUCACGGUACAAUAGAAAUGUUGGGAGUUGCUGGCUCUAAAGUUUGACCGGUUUCAAACUUUGGGCAACAACUCCCACCAACAUGCAACAACAUGCAACAGGGUGUGCAAACGGACGCAACAUUUAUCAUCCAACAAUGUUGGGAGUUAUUGGCCAACAGUGUUGCGUCCGUUUGCAUGGGGCUUGACAAGACCUUCUCGGUCAAUGCAUUUCUGUGACGUAUCCCAGACAAACAGACCACGUGACCCAAAACGCAUGGGUCGCUCGGAAAAUGAGGCGUAGGGACUAAGCAAGGGCAGUACCACGCUGGUUUAAUGCUUCUUCGGGAAUUAGCGUUGCUGAGCAGUUAGAGCGCUAGACAUGCAAUCCAGAGCCACCGAGUUCAACUCUUCGUUCAAGUAAACAUUCCCUAAUUACCGAGUAAACAUUCCUAAUUUCUGCGUUUAUUUACCAAAUUGAGCAGAAUUCACGUGAUACUUAGUUUUUUCUUCAUCUGGUUUCCAUAAAAUCGUCCGGAUCAUCUUGAUCUAGGCUCCUACGCAGCCACUCUUUGUGUUGUCACGCAACGAUCCAUGGGAGUAGCGUUGCGUGACAAUUACCUGUAAGAGAUUACUUGAUCACCCAAAACGUUUCAACAUGUGUAUAGGCGAUCAGAGCAAUCAUGUGAGAAUACCUCUAAUGAGGGGCGGUGGGUUGAUCGAUCUUUUAUCUGUUGUCACACGGCUCACGCUGUAACAUAGUGAAAUCAUGAUCUUGCGGCCAAAAUUACCAAAACUACUUAUUCAGAGAGCCUGCAGUGCAUCAAUGCUCAGAGAACCGCAUGGCAUCUUAUUGGCCAUGUCACGAUGCGCUAAAGUGGAAGUAUAAGUUUUAACUUACCUAGUUAACGAUGGUGCCUCUCAUCCCUUUCCACUGCUGCAGCGAGACGCGAUGAGAGGCGGCUGUAUUCUUUACCCUACCACGCAGAAUUUUCUUUUUGCUCGUCACACAAUCCUCCCCAAGUACAGAUGGGGAAGGAAUCUAUGACGAAGCCCUUAGAACGUCUGUAAUCUUCAGCUCGAGUUUACAGUGUAACCUUGACAUGAGUCCGUCUUUGACAUAUUACUAGUUUUCAACCACCUGAUAAGGUGACCAUGUUGGUUGACAGAACAAUAUUUCCAUUUUUUUCGCGGAAUUUGCAUAAUUUUCCAGGGAGGGAAAGGCACAAGUCUGUUCUCGUCCACCAACAGGACGGCUGUGACAUCGCUUGAAAAGCAGCAAUUUCAAAUUUUGAUGGUUAAAUUCCUUUUUAAUCUCUCUACAAGAGAUUCUUGGAGAUAAUUAUGCGCAUUUUCAUUCUAAAAUUCAGCAAUCUAACAAAUACCACUUAUGUGUUAGGCUACAUGGAAUAUCAGACUAAACCCUGCUAUUAAUGUUGUUGUUUUUUCAGUCGUUACUGAAGUAUAUGAUUCCCUUGUUCUUUGUAUAUUUUGCGGAAUAUUCCAUCAACCAAGGUCUGGUAAGUUGAGUUUAAAUCUGUAGUAUUUAAACGUCACUGGUAUUGAAUAUGAAACGCUGAACACAACACUUAAUCUGCAUACGUAUUCUGAAAUACCAGAGCUGCUUUUUCUGAAAAAUGCUGUAAAGCAUUUCUUUCAUAAGGGAUACGGAACUGCAAUCUCAGACAAAACAGAUAAAAAAUUUACACCUCCCCCACGCCCCCUAUUUUGUCCAAGGUUCUAGCUCUCGCACCCAUAUACAGCCGAGGCCCCUCGGGUGUAAGGGCUGCUGUUUAAGUUUUUGAGUGGUAACCUUAGCCUUUACUAUUUUGCUACUCUAUUAUGGACUUGACACAAACAAGCCUGGGCUAUUGUUACCAAACAACUCUUACAAACUGGAUGAAAUUCUGUGAUUUCGAUGCCCUAUUCCAGCUUAAAUGACCUAAAAACCCUACCUUGGUAAGCGGCACAUACCUGUUGAGUAGAGUUAUAUAGUAGUACCCCUCCCCCUCCACAUCUCAAUAAUAGGGAGUUUAAGGAGCGACGUUUUUUAUCGACGCAUGUCAACCGGAAGUGAGCAUUUUUGUCUUUCAGAGAAUAUGCAUUGGCUCUACCAAAUAUGUAUGCUAACUGUCUUUAUUCUUAAAGACACGAUUUGCUUAAGAUUUUAUUAAAAAUCACGGCCGAAGAGUUCAAAAGUCCACUUCCGGUUGAUUUGCGUCGCUCAAAAACGUCUUGGAUUAAACUCUCUAUUCAGUUUUUACGAACACAUUACUAUCUUGGAGCCUGGAACAGUUAGUUUGGGUAAGCGGGGGGGGGGCGGGGAAGGGGGCACAGGAAACAAAGAAAAGACGUUUCCGCGUAUUACCCACCUGACAUUGAUGGCGACAUCUGUAUUGUGGUUUUUCUUUAGCAUGAGCUGAUUUACUGGAAUGGAAUCUGGUUGACACCGUCAGAGCAAUAUAGAUGGUGAGAUAAAGGCCCUUCCUACUAGUGAAUCCAUUCUUAUACAGAUUUUUUUGGGGGGGCGGGGGGAAUUCACCCCAACAAGCCCAUUUAACAUUUUAAGCGAGUUGGAAUAAACGCGACAAAGUUUGAGAAAGGCAAUUUCAUUUUAGUGUUUACUUUCCGCUGCCGCUGCAGUCUUUAUCACUAAAACGCGAUCUUAUUGAUGUAACCGAGCCGGUAUUGGCGAAUUAAACGUUUAACUUAUGUAAAACUUUGUUCCAAACAGUUAACAUGACCAUUGUUCACGUUAGUGAAAAUGCUGUAAAAAAGAUGUUUCGAAAUACAAUAGAUUUACUUUGAAUUUCACCAUCACUAUCAUUGCGCAAAUGCAAUCUAUUGACAUUCCAGCCCUAGCAGUGAAGCUGGACUUUGGAAUCUGUAAUUCAGCUCAAGGAAUCCGAAAUUCAGUACCUAGAAUCCGGAGUCCACAGCGUGAAAUCCAGAAUCCAAGACUGUCUUGGAUUGCCUUACACGAUUAUACGGUAGUAGACGUUUACUUAUCCUUUCCUACCCAGGUACCAGGUGGAUUAUCAAAUUGGCGUCCUUAUAUCUCGUUCGUCAGUGAAUAUUUUUCCCAUCCGUAGAAUCUGGCUACUAGCUGUAUUGCAGGUAUUCAAGGUGUUAGUUUGAUAUUUUAACAGAAUUUCAUCGUAUCAGCUCUCUAGGUACUAGUUUAUUGUCUUUUGUGCUGGCUCUGAGCUCUUGCGACGAAAGACGAAUGAUUUUUUGUCUAAAUCACUGCACAUCACUUAUCAAGAGAGGUGGACGAAGUAGCCAGGCUCUCUUUACUGACGUUUGAUCACAUUAGCAGUAAUUAUCAUCGAUAUUAGGCCCCGUCCACAAGUAUCCGUUUUUUAAUAGGAUGAUCUAAUUACGAUUUUCCUAGAGACGUAUUUGGAACGUCUGUAAAGGUCCCAGCAUUCCAUACGAAACAAUUCCAGAUAAGAAUGCAUUAUUGAAAAUUUUAUCCGAACUACGUCCUGGUUUUUUUUAGAACGUGAAUCUCGUCGUGCUCGUUUGUGAAGCGUACUUUCAUUUCCUGCCGUCUGUGUGGAUCAUGUUCGUCAUCAUUUUGUACGAAGGACUUCUUGGUGGUGCGUGCUACGUCAAUGCAUUUUACAGAAUAUCUAAAGAGGUGAGACAUACUUGCUUGAGUAAUGAGGCUUUUUCCAUCUUUAACAGACCUUAUUCACACGAUACCAGCCAUCUUUGUACGCGCUAAAGGACUGAUGGGAUACAAUUAGUGUUGCAUGGUUUCUCGGGGGGCAAACAACCGAUAAAAUCUACGAGUACAAAAACUCGCCGUUGCUUAUUGUAGACAACAAAGGAUAAAAGACACCUAAGGAUGGUGGUGGUGGGGGGGGGAUGGAGAAUCCCUUAUAUAAGCCAUAUAGGUGCCACCCCAAAGCGUAUGGUUUUGCACCGUUUCGGUCUGAAAACGGGGAAUGGUUUUGCCCAUGUUGGUCUGGAAUCGGGUAUGGUAUUCGGGGAAACUUCGGGGGUGUAUGAACGUAGUUGUCGCUUCAAUUCCAAAUGAAUCAGAAAGAAAGAGAAAUAAGCGAUUUCGAAACAGUUUUUUUUUUCUUUCUGUUUGAGCUCUAGUCUAAAAAUGAUGACUUAAUUUCUACCGAUACCAGUUCUGAAAACGGGUGUGGAAAAUAACUUUUUUUUGGUCUGAAAGAGGGUCAGGAUUUUUGAGAACCGAGCGGCACGUACACUAGCCUGCGAAAACAUCCGUUUCUCCUUGCUCUUCGCCGCUGGAGACGUUUCUCCGCGAAACGUCCCCAGCGGCGAAGGUAAUUGAGGUACAACUCAACGAAACUCGAACUGAUCAUUAAGAAAGACAAAAAUUAUCGUCUCGUUUUGAAAGAAUAAAGAAACUCGACCCCGAUUUCUCGUAUUGGCAAAUUUUGGCGCUUGUUUGUCCCCUGAAAAACCACGUGAUAUUGCUUAUAUCUCGUCAAUCUUUAAGCACAUGCAAAGAUGGUGGGUAUCGUGAAUAAGGUCUAUUUACUGAUUUUUCUUUUUCUUUUUUUUUCAAACGGAAACAAUUAUCGAAUGAGAUAUAAGUCACUAUUUACAAGUUUCUACCUUUACUCUAGAUUAAACAAGAGUACAGAGAGUUCUCGAUGGGUGUGGCAAGUAUGGCGGAUAGCUGCGGUAUUGCACUGGCUGGGGCCGUCGCUUUACCCACUCACAAUGCCCUUUGUUCAUACUGGAGAAGCAAAAUGUCAAGCUAACCCAUGCCUGGGCUGCUACGAUGAAAAAAUUAUCUUGAAAUUGCUGUAUCUGAAUUCUUACAAAAAGAGCAUAUUUUUUUCAUUCUAUCGUCGCAUUGUUUGCAGUACUAAUUAUAGAACUAACAGAACUUGACUGUUAGAAUCAAUAGAGAGAUUUAGAAUGACCUUUACGGCAAAAGUGAAUGUUUAAAUCACGUAACCAAGUUUUCUCUUUACCUGUCGUUUACGGUUUAUUACUUCUGCAAAAGAAGAAUAUUUUCGUGUCAUUUGUAUCCAUAAGAAGUUUUUGAGCUGUUUAUGAGCGCAUAUUUUCUAUUUUGAGAAUUCUCAACUUGGAACUGACUUUUGCUGUUUGCAGUGAACGUGAAUCUAAAUCUACUAUAUUCGCUCCUAUUUGAAUAGAUUAGAUAAUUUGUCAAAUUAUCGCAGGCGAUCUCAGACGAUGUCGGGAAGUACAGUCGACUCCCGAUAACUCGAACCCUCGCUAACUCGAAUCAAAAUGGAUUUCCCAUGGAUUUCCUUCAUACAUUUACUAUAGUUUUACCAGGGGUAACUCGAACCGUGGAUAACUCGAACCUCCCGCUAACUGGAAGUAAUUUUUGUUUUCCUUCAGAUCAUUCCUAUAUAAAUUUACCUUCGAUAACUCGAACCAUGCUUUAAGCGCCUGACAAGUGGAAAAAAGUGUACUACAGUCCGAAACAUUGAAAUUAUUUUAACAACCAUGUAUUCUUUGUCUUAAAUUUUUUUCAGUCCAUUUAAAAUAGUGUCCAGCGCUGUGUAUUUAUCAAGCUUUGAAGUGUGCAUGUUACUCGGCAUUCAUUCCCCAUCCCAUUUACUCCUUUUCGGAUAUUUACUUUCGAUUUUCCUUGAAGGUUCGAGUUAUCGGGAGUCGACUGUAUAAUUGACUCGUCAUCGUUUGCAAAAUAAAGAAAAGAAAGAAUAAAAUAUAAUAAGAAAGGAAAGGAAUUUCAUCCUUUUGUGAAUAUAAAAUACACACGGUCAUUCUCUUAUCAAUCAGAUUUAUUAAACAGUUUUUUUAAGAAUUUUAUAAACUGUACUAACACAAAAAUACCAUUUCUUUUUAUAAUAGCAGCUUAGUACAUACUGGUGACUGAAUGUUGUUCUUUUCCCCAAUAAAAAAAAUAGUCAUUAGAAAACUGCUAUGUACACG